AGAGAUGUCUCUGGUGGAACUUUUGCUCUGGUGGGACUGUUUUUCUAGAACUGGUGUUGUGGUGUCCCUGGAAGUGUCAGAGAGCCCUGGGAGUAUCCAGGUGGCCCGAGGUCAGACAGCAGUCCUACCCUGCACUUUCUCUACCAGUGCUGCCCUCAUUAACCUCAAUGUCAUUUGGAUGGUCAUUCCUCUCUCCAAUGCUAACCAACCUGAACAGGUCAUUCUGUAUCAGGGUGGACAGAUGUUUGAUGGUGCCCCCCGGUUCCAUGGUAGGGUAGGAUUUAUAGGCACCAUGCCAGCCACCAAUGUCUCCAUCUUCAUUAAUAACACUCAGCUCUCAGAUACAGGCACCUACCAGUGUUUGGUCAACAACCUUCCAGACAGAGGGGGCAGGAAUAUUGGGGUCACUGGCCUCACAGUGUUAGUUCCUCCUUCUGUCCCACACUGCCAAAUCCAAGGAUCCCAGGAUAUCGGCAGUGACGUCAUCCUACUUUGUAGCUCAGAGGAAGGCAUUCCUCGGCCAACUUACCUGUGGGAGAAGUUAGACAAUACUCUCAAGCUACCUCCAACAGCCACUCAGGACCAGGUCCAGGGUACAGUCACUAUCCGGAACAUCAGUGCUCUCUCUUCAGGUUUGUAUCAGUGCGUGGCUUCUAACGCCAUUGGAACCAGCACCUGUCUUUUGGAUCUGCAGGUUAUCUCACCCCAGCCCAGGAGCAUUGGACUAAUAGCUGGAGCCAUUGGCACUGGUGCAGUUAUUAUCAUUUUUUGCAUUGCACUGAUUUUAGGGGCAUUCUUUUAUUGGAGAAGCAAACAUAAAGAGGAGGAGGAAGAAGAAAUUCCUAAUGAAAUAAGAGAGGAUGAUCUUCCACCUAAAUGCUCUUCUGCCAAAGCAUUUCAUACAGAGAUAUCCUCCUCAGAGAACAACACGCUGACCUCUUCUAACACCUACAACAGUCGAUACUGGAGCAACAAUCCAAAAGUUCAUAGAAACACGGAGUCAUUCAACCACUUCAGUGACUUGCGCCAGUCUUUCUCCCUUUACUCAGGCAAUGCCAACAUCCCCUCUAUCUAUGCUAAUGGGAACCAUCUGGUGCCGGGUUCACAUAAGACUCUGGUAGUGACAGCCAACAGAGGGUCUUCACCGCAGAUCAUGUCCAGGAACAAUGGUUCAGUCAGCAGGAAGCCUCGGCCUCAGCACACACACUCCUACACCAUCAGCCAAGCAACAUUGGAGCGAAUUGGUGCAGUUCCUGUCAUGGUGCCAGCCCAGAGUCGGGCAGGGUCCCUUGUAUAGGACAUGAAGAGAGGUUGUGUUCAGAAAAAAAUAAAUGGGAUGCCUCCAUACAAGGGGAAGGGUAGGUUGGGUGAGUGCUGGGAAAGAUAGACUUUCCUUAUGAUUAUAUUAGACAAAAGCACAAAGAGGAAGACAGUGCUGUUACUGGCCACUAAGAUGUGUACAGUGGACUGGAAUGCUCCAUCGUGAAGCCUUGUCUCCCCACAACAGAUGUCCUGGGAUUCUUUUCAAAAAGCUGCAUCUCAAAGAUGUGCCAAGCCAAGGAGAAAUAUAAGAGCAGAAUGGCACUUAAAACUCAAAACUACAGUCCAGAUGGGCUUGUUCUUUAAUUCAUGCCUAACUUAAUAAUUUCAAGAGAUUAAAGUGCCAGAUGGAAUUU